AUGCAGCAGGUGUUGCCGCCUGGCGUCACCAAGGAGCAGGUGCAAGCCAUGUUCAAGGAAUAUCAGACGAAGCGCUCGCAAGGCGUGCCGGACACUGACCCUUCCAUGAUCAAGCUCCGGCAGGUGCUGGCCACGGUACAAGCGCGAACGGAGCAGAUUAAGAAAAUGCAGAACAUGAAGAUGCAGCAAGCUGCAGCAAUGCGGCAACAGCAGCAGGCUCAGAUGCAGCAGAACGGCAUGCCCGCUGCCUCUCAAAUGAAUGGUUCAUCCGGCGCGAUGCCUGGCCAGACCGACGGACACGCGCAGGCGGGACAGCAGUCUGCGUCAAUGUCAAACGGCGCAUCACAACCCACAUCUCAACCCUUUCAGCAACCUUCUGCGCCGACAAAUGUUCAACCUGGUCAAGGCGAUGGCCCCACUGAGCAGGCAUUGAGUCGCGACCACAUGAACACGCUUCGGCUGCAAAUGCAGGCUUUCAGUCACCUUCAGAAGAACCAGGCCAUUCCUGCACAGAUCGCAGACCGAAUCUUUCAGUCGAGGCAGGAGCAGAAACCACCUACACCAGCUGAAAUUGUAUCAGCGGCUGGCAAAAUGCUGGAUGAUGCGGCCAAGGGAGACUCGAAAGCUGGCGAUGCAGGAGACGAGAAGCAGCGGCACAAAUUCGAGACCUUUACUGAUCCACAUACCCUCAUGCUGAAGCGCAUCAGCUACAACGACCAUGUACACCGCCCAUUCCGAACCAUGAUUCCCAGCAUCAUGCCGCUGGGCGUAGAUCCCGAACGUGUACGAGAGGAGCGCGAGAACAUCGUCUUUAAUCGAGUAAUGACACGGAAAAACGAGCUCAAAAAUCUGUCCGCCAAUAUUGGCGGCUGGGAUACAAGCAAGUCUGAUACGCCAGAGGACAAUACCAAUCUCAAGCUUCGGGCUAUGAUCGAGUUCAAGAUGUUGAACCUGCUUCCCAAGCAACGCGAAAUGCGGCAACGGGUUGGAAAGGAGAUGAUGCUUUCUGAUAACCUCUCCAUGACUGCUAACAGAUCCAUGUAUCGUCGCGUCAAGAAGCAGUCCCUUCGCGAAGCUCGUGUCACCGAGAAGCUCGAAAAGCAACAGCGCGAUGCGGCCGAGAAUAAAGAGAAGAAGAAGCACAUCGAGUACAUCAGAUCCAUUGUGCAACAUUCCGAGGAUAUUCGAAAUGGGGCUGCUAUGCACAAGAACCGCAUUCAGAAGCUGGGUCGCAUGAUGAUGGCAACGCAUGUCAACAUCGAAAAGGAAGAGCAGAAGCGUAUUGAGAGAACAGCCAAACAGCGUCUCCAAGCUUUGAAGGCCAACGACGAAGAGACAUAUCUCAAGCUGCUUGGACAAGCGAAGGAUUCUCGCAUCUCUCACCUCCUCAAGCAGACCGACGGCUUCUUGAACCAGCUUGCAGCUUCCGUCAAAGAACAGCAACGAAAGGCUGUCACCCAACAUGGCAUGGAAAUGCCCGAAGAAGAGUCAGAAGACGAUGGCGAAGUCGACAGCGAGGAUGAGACCAAGAAGAAGAUUGACUACUACGAAGUCGCUCAUCGUAUCAAGGAGCCAGUUGUUGCACAGGCCUCCAAUCUGGUCGGCGGAACGCUGAAGGAGUACCAAGUCAAGGGUCUGCAGUGGAUGAUCUCGCUGUACAACAACAACCUCAAUGGUAUCCUUGCCGAUGAGAUGGGUCUUGGAAAGACUAUCCAGACCAUCUCGCUCAUCACAUAUCUUAUCGAGAAGAAGCGACAACCUGGUCCGUACUUGGUUAUAGUACCUCUCAGUACAUUGACCAACUGGAAUAGCGAAUUCGAGAGAUGGGCCCCAAGCGUGCAGCGCAUCGUAUACAAAGGUCCGCCUAACCAGCGAAAACAGCACCAGCAACAAAUUCGCUACGGUCAAUUCCAAGUCCUGCUUACCACGUACGAGUUCAUCAUCAAGGACAGACCCGUACUGAGCAAGAUCAAGUGGCUUCACAUGAUUGUCGACGAAGGUCAUCGUAUGAAGAACGCACAGUCGAAGCUCAGCAGCACCAUUACCCAGUACUACCACACACGAUACCGCCUCAUUCUUACUGGAACUCCGCUUCAGAACAACCUUACCGAACUCUGGGCCAUGCUUAAUUUCGUGCUACCGAACAUCUUCAAAUCCGCAAAGUCGUUCGACGAGUGGUUCAAUACUCCCUUUGCAAACACAGGUGGCCAAGACAAGAUGGAGCUCACGGAAGAAGAGCAGAUUCUCGUCAUUCGCCGUCUUCAUAAGGUCUUGCGUCCCUUCCUCCUGCGCCGUCUCAAAAAGGAUGUCGAGAAGGACCUUCCGGACAAGACAGAAAAGGUCAUCAAGUGCAACUUGUCGGCACUCCAAGCCAAGCUUUACAAGCAACUCAUGCUUCACAAUCGCAUCAAUACCAUUGGUGCCGAUGGCAAGAAGACGGGCAUGCGAGGUCUCAGCAACAUGCUUAUGCAGCUUCGUAAGCUUUGCAACCAUCCAUUUGUGUUCGAAGAAGUCGAGGAGCAGAUGAACCCAAGCAAGUACACAAACGACUUGAUCUGGCGUACUGCAGGCAAAUUCGAACUGCUGGAUCGUAUCUUGCCCAAGUUCCAAGCGACUGGUCACAGAUGUCUCAUCUUCUUCCAGAUGACUCAGAUUAUGAACAUUAUGGAAGACUUCCUGCGAUUUAGAGGCAUCAAGUACCUGCGACUGGAUGGUUCAACAAAGGCUGAUGAUCGAUCUGAGCUCUUGAAGCAAUUCAACGCACCGGGUUCAGAGUACUUCUGCUUCUUGCUCUCUACUCGUGCAGGUGGUCUCGGGUUGAACCUGCAGACUGCUGACACCGUUAUCAUCUACGACUCCGACUGGAAUCCUCACCAAGAUUUGCAAGCACAAGAUCGAGCACAUCGUAUCGGCCAGAAGAACGAGGUGCGCAUUCUGAGACUCAUCACCAGUAGUUCUGUUGAGGAGAAGAUUUUGGAGCGUGCGCAAUACAAGCUUGACAUGGACGGCAAGGUCAUUCAAGCUGGUAAGUUCGACAACAAAUCCUCCGAGGGUGAGCGUGACGAGAUGUUGCGUGUCAUGUUGGAAUCUGCAGAAGCCGUGGACAAUCUUGAACAAGACGAGAUGGAGGAUGACGACCUCAACAUGAUCAUGAUGCGAAGCGACGAGGAGCUCUUGACCUUCCAGAAGAUUGACCAAGACAGGAUCAAGAACUCGAAGUAUGGUCCUGACAAGAAGCUUCCUCGACUGCUGUGCGAGAAGGAGCUCCCAGAGAUCUACUUGAAUGAGGAUAAUCCUGUCGUCGAGGAGAUUGAGGUCAAUUACGGUCGUGGUACCAGAGAGCGAGCCAAAGUCAAGUAUGACGAUGGUCUGACAGAAGAGCAAUGGCUGGAGGCCGUGGACGCCGAUGACGACACCAUCGAGGAUGCCAUUGCGCGCAAGCAAGCACGUAUCGCCAAGCGCAUGGCAAAGAAGGGCAGUGAAGACACACCACCUCCGGAACAAAGCGAGGAGGAGUCCCCAGCACCGAAGAAGCGAGGACGCAAGUCUGGUGGGAGACCAGAUAAGCGGAAAGCCGAAGAGGCAGCGCUCGACAGUGCUGCUGAGCCUCCGAAGAAACGUGGACGAAAUCCCAAGAUCGUUGAGACCUUGUCAAAAGAAGACCGAGACUCACUUCAACAAGUUCUUGACAACGUGCACGACUCGUUGCAAGAUCUUGAAGAAGGCUCCCCCGACCCGAAUAUCCCUCCACGUGGCAUCAUCGAUCCGUUCUUGGAGCUGCCGCCCAAGCUUGACUAUCCGGACUACUACCAGUUGAUCAAGAAUCCCAUCUGUAUGAAGCAGAUCGAGAAGAAGAUCAACAAGAAGGAAUAUCAGAGCAUCAAGCAGUUCAGAGCCGACAUUACGCUUCUUUGCAACAACUGCCGGCAAUACAAUGAGGAUGGCAGCGUGCUCUACCAAGACGCCAACCUCAUCGAACGUGCUUGCGACAAGAAGAUCGCCGAAGAAACUGCGGAUCAUCCUCGAUGGCAGAAUUGGGAAGACGACGAUGGUUCCUCUACACGGCCUUCAGCCUCCGGCGUUUCGACACCUCAGCCUGUCAAAUCCGGCAUCAAGCUCAAACUUAACGGGUCGCGAGCCAACGGCAACUCCUCGAGGGGCGGAACCGAAAGCUUGGUGCAGAGCGAUGAUGAAUAGGAUCAAAUGGUCAGCUCCAGCGAAAGUGAAUUCUAAUGAGAAUGGGAAUGUUGGUUCGAAAGGCGUAUCGGGCGUUUAAGCAUGGUUAUCAACGACACUACAAGGCCUCGCUGCUAUUAGAAAGCAGGAGCCCUCAAGCGGCAUGAAUCACGACGCGGUGCGCUCGGGUGAUUGGGAUACAAUGGAGUGUGGCAAGGAGUCCAAAUGGAUCAACAAACGCAGUCAUCUCUUGCGCAUGCUGCAACGCCUAAUUGGCACGAUUGGUGUGCUGCCUUCUUCUUCUAUACAAUGUAGUGUACCACGACAACAAGACAAUUCUUCACGAACAUCUUUUCCAUUUAUCCUCUCAUCCAGUCAUCUCUUACUAUCGUCGUAACAUAUCACCUCGGCCUCAAAACAACACACCCUUCGUACUGGGCACCUCCCCUUCCCUCCCCGCAACCAGACUCGUCGCCAUCCUCAAAUCAACCCCCUCAAACAAUCCACAUGCAUCGUGAUGCCCGCAUGCAAAGCAAAGCUCUCUAAACAAUGCGGCAACAUCUCACAACUCAAAUCCCCAAUCUUCUCCCUCUUCGUUCCCAGAUCUAUCACACUAUAAGGCCUGUUAGACAAAUCUACUACCGCUCGGGAUAAGGCUUCGUCUAAUGGCGCGUAGGCGUAACCAAAUCUUGCAAGCCCUGUUGUGGUUUUUAGGGCGGAUUUGAAGGCUUGACCUAGCGCGAUGCAGGUGUCUUCUGCGGUGUGGUGGUCGUCGAUGUGGAGGUCGCCGAUUGUGUGGAUGUAGAGUGACCAGCCCGAGUGUUUCGCCAAUGCGUGCAGCAUGUGGUCCAGGAAGCCUAUGCCUGUGUGCACGGAUAUUGAUUGGGAUUUUGAGGCUUGUGUUGCGUGGGAGGAGGGGUCUGAAGUGCCGUUUGGGCUAUUGGUGAUUUCUGGGAGGGCGCCGCCGUCGAGGUUUAUGGCUAAUUGGAUUUUGGUUUCGUUUGUGUCGCGGGAGAGAGUUGCGGAGCGGAUGCGGGUUUCGGUGGUGGACAUUUUGAGGAUCUCGUGUGGGUUUCGUGAGGUGGUGGUAUGGCUC